AUUGUGGUCUGUCUGCUCUGCUGCACCGGAAUCUGAAGAAUCCGAGGUGUCCGCCGCCAACUCUUAACUACUGCUCAUCUGCAGCUCGUCUCUUUGUCUUUCUCUUCUUCAUCUUUGGACAAACCGGUUUAACAAGAAGGAAAUGUCUCAGGCAGACAAAAUGAAGCAGGGGCAGUUUACAAACCCUGAGACCCCUGGGUACGUUGGAUUUGCCAACUUGCCUAACCAGGUUCAUCGCAAGUCGGUCAAAAAGGGGUUUGAGUUCACCCUUAUGGUUGUAGGUGAGUCGGGACUUGGAAAAUCCACCUUGAUCAACAGCCUCUUCCUCACUGACCUUUACCCUGAGAGAGUAAUCCCAGGAGCUGCAGAGAAGAUAGAAAGGACUGUUCAGAUCGAAGCGUCGACGGUAGAAAUCGAGGAGCGAGGCGUGAAGCUCCGCCUCACCGUGGUCGACACGCCAGGAUACGGAGACGCCAUCAACAGUCAGGACUGUUUCAGCACCAUCAUCAGCUACAUCGAUGACCAGUUUGAGCGCUACCUCCACGAUGAGAGCGGUCUGAACCGCAGACACAUCGUCGACAACAGAGUUCACUGCUGCUUCUACUUCAUCUCCCCGCUGGGCCAUGGCCUGAAGCCCCUGGACGUUCAGUUCAUGAAGGCCAUCCACAACAAGGUCAACGUGGUUCCUGUCAUCGCCAAGGCCGACACGCUGACCCUCAGGGAGAGGGAGCGGCUGAAGCGCAGGAUUCUCGAUGAGAUCGAUGAGCAUGGCAUCAAGAUUUAUCACCUUCCUGAUGCUGAGUCGGAUGAAGAUGAAGACUUUAAAGAACAGACCAGAAUCCUGAAGGCGAGCAUCCCGUUUGCAGUCGUAGGAUCCAACCAGCAGAUUGAGGCCAAAGGGAAGAAGGUGCGCGGCCGCCUGUAUCCCUGGGGAGUGGUGGAGGUGGAGAACCCAGAGCACAACGACUUCCUCAAGCUGCGCACCAUGCUGAUAACCCACAUGCAGGACCUGCAGGAAGUCACCCAGGACCUGCACUACGAGAACUUCCGCUCGGACCGCCUCAAACGGGGUGGCAGGUUGUCAUCCCAUGGUUACGUUCUGCCUCUGUCUCCUGCCCGGAAGGGCCCGGAGCCAGAGGAGAUGGACAAGGACAUGAUCCUGCAGGAGAAGGAGGCCGAGUUGAGGCGAAUGCAGGAGAUGAUCGCCAAGAUGCAGGCCCAGAUGCAGAAGCAGGGAGACGGAGAGCUGGACGGCCAACAAGUGUGAAAAAGAAUCCACGGGAUCUGAGCCACUGCUGGAGUCCGACCAGAGGAGGAUGAGAGCGGUGGAACAGCCUCCUCCUGCUCACCACUAGCUUCGCCUCGGGUCCACACGGGAUCUGAAGUGAACUGUUUUGGUUUUUUUUUUAUUUUAAAUGCAUACAGCUCAGUAUAUUCAGUGUUAUGAUCAUAUAUUCACACACGGUUCUUUCUUUGAAUAUUUUUUUUUUUUUUGUUCAUUCGUUAUUUUUAUGAAACCUUCAGCCUGUUCGAAUGAAGUCAUGUGACCCAUAUUUUUAAAGCAGUGGCAUUUAUUUUUAAUGGGAUCUUCUGUUACUUUGUUUUAUUAAUUUUGUGAACCGAAGUAUCGCUUCUUCUGUUCUUUUGACACGUUGUUGUGAAACGUUGCGGCGACUGUAGAAGAAUCCGCUGGGAGAGCCGACUGUCGUAGCAGAAUUACCUGAAGCCUCUAAUAUUCCUGUAAACAUGAAGCCUGAGCUGGUUGUGAGUUGACCACACGUCGUUUUUCCCACUUGAUGUUGCUCAUUUUGCAUGUCGCUCUCACCUUCUGGGAGAAGAAACAGAUGAAGGUGAAUCAUCCGCCGUGUCCAGGUCGGCCUCUUCCCUUUGACCUCGGCGGCGUCGCCGCGCACAGCUGCCUUCAAGUGCGAAUACCCGCUCCUUCAAAAAUGAAACUGUGACCUUUGACCUCUUACAGUCUUCCCGUACGCCCAGUAAAUGAAGGACUGACUGACGAGGCGCGCCGCCUCUUUGGUGCUCUCUCAACGCAUUAACGUCACGCGCCGCCUCUGCUGUAACACGAAGUCGUGUGAGCGGAGCGGCCGGUGUUUCCCGACAUGCAGGAGGGGUGAACUCGUCCUCGUCCCAACCUGCGACCCCUCUGUGGCUCCCCGCCGCCGCAGAGGCUGAAGGCGGCGUCCUCCUCACCAGCCGAGACGGCGGUUCUUCACAUUCCUGUUUGUGCUGUUUUUACCCAACAUUAAAGAACCAAAUAUUAUUAUUAAUGCAUAUAUUGUAAUAAAAGUUUUAAUAAACGCCA